GUCUGCAGGGGGUACAACAGCCCAGGUCGUACAUGCUCAGCAGCGAACCGUGGCCACGUCUGCUGCUACCACAGAGGUCGUAGCCAUAGCAGCCAACCAGGGUGUCCGAGCUGCAAUGGCCCCAGUGACAGCCACAGCAGCAGCAGUGGUGACUACCAACCUGACUCCUGUGCAGUCCCAGACCAGGUCAUUGGUCACGCAAGUCACCCCAGCUACAGGCAUUCAACUGACCACAGGAAAGCCCAUCUCCCAGGCACAAAUACAACUCUUCAGGCAACCCCAGACAGCUCCAGUACAGGUCCAACAAAUCCAGCCUCAGUCUCAAACUUCAGCCCAGCUGAAGACAGUCCAGAAACUGCCGGAUCAGUUAAUAAAAUUGAAGCAGAAACAGCAGCAGCAACAACAGCUGGCUCAGGUGACACAAAGGAAUACUGUUCUCACUGGUGCUGUGACCAAUCUCCCAGUUGCCCGCAUUGCUAGAGUUUCUACGUCACAGCUACAAGCUCAGGGACAGAUUCAGGCACAAUCAGCUCAGACUGCCCAGGUUACACUCACCAAACCACCAGUUGUGUCUGUCCCUACCGCGGUAGUCUCCUCCGGUGUAACGACACUUCCGGUUACUGUUGCUGGAAUCAGUGUGGCUAUUAGUCAACCUCAGAAAGGAUCAACAGGAGGGCAGACAGUAGUGAAGACAGCCAUACCACAGCACUUUUCACAAAUGCAAGUACAGCAGCUUCUGAAACUCAAACAGCAACAGCAGCAGCAGAAAGCAGGCCAGGCCCAAGUGACACAGGGACAAGCAGCUUUGCAGGCUGCAGCAAUCACUGCACAACAGAAGAUAACUCAACAGGUUACAGUUCAAUCACAACAGCAACAGCAACAGAAAGUCACUUAUACCACUGCCCAGCUCCAAUCAGGAAUGAAGCCACAGUUCUUGAGUGCUCAGACUCAGAAGCCUACAGGAACUCAACAGAUGCAGGCACAAAUUCAGGAUUCUUCAUCCUCAGCUGAUACCUCGAGUGUGUUCGUCGCACGGUUGUUUAAUAAACAAAGUGGCUUUAAUAGAUUAGUUACAAAACUUCCACAAAUGGUUCAACAGCAAGCAACCGUGGGGAGUAUCCAGCAGAUGGUAUCGACAGCCCAGCAGGUCCAGGCGCAGCCACAGACAAUGACACUGUCCCAGGCAGCUACAGGCCAGCAAGUCCAGGUGAUUCCUGCGGCUGCUACUGCUCAGGUUGUUCAGCAACAACUUAUUCAGCAGCAAGUUGUGACAACAGCAUCUCCUCAGAUCCAGCCUCCGACCCCACAGAGCCCAGCUCAGCCAGCAGCGACUUCUGAUGCCCAAGGCCAACAAGCCAAGGUGCAAGCACGAACUACUGCUCCCAUGAGACUGAAAGCCCCGACAAAACCGAACUGAGCUUGUUAAAUGGAAUGAAAAACCCACUACGUAAAGAAUGUGCUCACAGCAUUAGCUGGACUGUGCUCAGAACAAAUUGUACUAAGUUUGUUUUCACUCCGCUGUGUAAUAGCCAAUGUAUAGAAAAAAGUUGACAUGCAUAAACUUCACGUACGUCAUUUAAUACUGAAUCUUGAUGUUAAUGUAACAUGUUGAUGCGACUGUAAAUCUUUUUAACAGAUCAAUAAUUCUAAGGUUUAACCUUGGUCAUCUUUGUACAUACUAUUUUUUUUGGUACAUUUUUAAUGUGCCCCUGUAUUUGUUAAAUUCAAAAAGUGGAUGUUAUAGGCAUGUGUUCAGUAUUUGUAAAUCCAUAAUGUAGUUGCUGAAUGUUAAGUACUUAACUGUAGUUUUUUUUUCAUUACGUAAAAGUUGGAAAGAAGCCAACAGCAAUGAACUUCAGAAUAAGUUGUAUUUGACAUUCCUUAUCUAGGAAAAUACACGAAUGUUUAUUAAUGAAUUUUUGAUACAAGGUUUUUGUAUUUUUGUUACAUUCUUUUCAUUGCGCAUCCAUGGUUCAGGAUUUGUUUUAAAGUGAUAAUGUUUUAUUUUUAUUCUGUAUGUAUAUGCACAUUAAAAAUGCAAUCUAUGCUACAAAGUUAUUUCCUCCAGUUUUUAGUGUACAUGUUGUACAGUAUUUGUUAUGGUUUUGCAUAGCAUCGUGUUAUGACAUCGUUAACCCUGUCCUCAAAAAAAAUGAUUAAAAAUCCAAUUGUGAUCGGCACAUAAAAAUGAUUGAGUAGAAUUGUAUAUAAGUAUUUUUGUUAGUCACUCAGUCAUGUUGCCUUUAAUCUUUCCUUUGUUGAGCCAGAUGUAGAUUUUUUUUUAAGCAGCCGUGGUAUUUUUGUUAUGUAUGGUAAAUUUGGUAAAGGAUGAUGGAUAAAGUUUCAGUGACAGCCCAGGAUAACUGAGACCAAAGAGUGAGUGAGUUUUAAGUUUUCAACAAACAUGACAGGACCGUUGAUUUCCAAUGACAUUGUGUGAAAUUACUGUUACACUGUCAAAUUAUACCAGAUUGUUAGUUGUAUUCAUAAACCACUGCUACCACAUUGUAAUAAAUUAACACAUUUGUAAAUGCA